CUGAAUCUGUUCCCCGUCUCCCAAUCCUGGUCGGGCGAAACCCCUCCAUGCUUGGUCUCCUGGCCCUCCCUCGAUCGGAGGAACCUGAAGAGAUCUUCCUCUCGAGUUAUUCCUCCUCGAUCUUGCAGAGAACCGGAGCUUGAUCUCGUGGUCAAUUUGGUCCCGAGAAAUGGCAGCGCGGCCGGAUCAGGUCGUCGACAUGCGGGUGUUCGAUGCCUACUUUACGAGGGCGGAUGCGGAUCGAGAUGGGAGGAUCAGCGGCGCCGAGGCGGUGGCUUUCUUUCAAGGAUCCGGUUUGCCUAGAAAUGUUCUGGCUCAGGUGUGGAUGUAUGCUGAUCAGAAACGAGCUGGUUUCCUUGGGCGUGAAGAAUUUUACAAUGCUCUGAGACUUGUAACAGUUGCACAGAGAGGCAUACAGCUUACACCUGAGACUGUCCAGGCAGUUCUUAAAAUCCCUGAUGCAGCUAAAAUUCCUGCACCAAAGAUAAAUCCUGUUCCUGGCCCCCCAUCUCAGAUGAACAUUGCAGCCAGCAGUCCCCCCUCUCAGAUGGGUGCCAUGGUACCAACUAAUCAAAAUACUGGUUUAAGGGCACAACCACCACUAGCAAAUGCUGAGAUUAACCAACAUGCCGUUCCCUUUGGAAACCAUGUGAUGAGGCCACCUCAAACCACACAGGUUUCUGUUUCACCUUUGCUUAAGGAAAGUGGUCAAAUUUUACAGCAAGGAAAUAACCUGGCAGUUAUGCAUCCUCCAAGUUCAGUUACACCAAGCUUUUCGACUGAUUGGUUCAGUGGUAGGAACAGUGGAACCUUUGCACAUGAAACUCAACAACUAUCGGUUGCAAGGAUCCCCCCCUCAGCAAACCAAGAUGGUUUGGGUGUAUCCAACUUUGGGUCAGCUCCUGGAAUAAUUUCUAAACCUUAUACACUAGCAACAACAGCCUCAAUUCCAUCAAAGCCUACACAUUCUACUGUGUUACGACCCCAACCAGAUUCAAAAGCUUUAGUUUUGAGUGGAAACGGAUUCUCUUCUGAUUCAAAUUAUGUUGGUGAUGUGUUUUCUUUAACUCAGGUAAAACAAGCAAAUACCUUGGGCACCUUUCCUGAAAGUGCUACACCUAACUCUUCCAAUAAUGUCCCUGUUAUCAAAAAGGCGCAUGAAGCUGAUGCUUGGCAAAACAUGGCAUUGGUUCCUUCUGGUGAGAACCAAACUCAACCACAGGUCAAGCAAAAUCAACCAGACACAAAACAAAGUGGCCUAACAAUGACUAUUUCAAGUGAUUCAAUUGGAAUUGUUGGUUUUACUUCCACUCAGCCCCAGCUUCCGUGGCCAAAAUUUACUCAAUCUGAUAUUCAGAGGUAUCUUGCAAUAUUUUUUAAAGUAGAUAAUGAUAGAGAUGGCAAAAUCACUGGUGAAGAGGCGCGCAAUUUGUUCCUUAGCUGGAGACUACCUAGAGAGGUCUUAAAACAGGUAUGGGAUUUAUCUGAUCAGGACAAUGAUGGUAUGCUUUCUCUUAGGGAGUUUUGCAUUUCCCUCUAUUUAAUGGAGCGGCACCAUGAAAAACGUCCUCUUCCAACUGUGCUUCCUGGUAGCAUUGCAUCUGAUCAAACUUUGCUACUUGCAACAAAUCAGCCUUUGACUGGAUAUGGUGGUCCCGUUAGCCGGCCAGCUCCUGGUCUAGUUAUGCCACAACCUCCAAUGCCUGCUACUGUAGCAAAACCACCCAUGCAAAAACGGAUACCUCUGGCUGAUGAUUCGGGUGAGCCUGUGCAACAAAAGUCAAGAGUACCAGUGUUGGAAAAAUAUCUAGUUGACCAGCUGAGCAAGGAAGAACAGAGUGCAUUGAACACCAAGUUUCAGGAGGCAUCGGAUGCAGACAAAAAGGUUCAAGACCUGGAGAAGGAAAUAUUAGAUUCCAAAGAGAAAAGUGAAUUUUACCGCUCUAAGAUGCAAGAACUUGUUCUUUACAAAAGUAGGUGUGAUAAUAGAUUGAAUGAAGUAACUGAAAGGGCAUCUGCUGACAAACGGGAGGCUGAAUCAUUAACCAAAAGAUAUGAACAAAAAUGCAAGCAACUUGGAGAUGUGGCUUCAAAGUUAACUAUUGAAGAGGCAACUUUUCAUGAUAUUCAGGAGAAAAAAAUGGAAAUUUACAAUGCAAUAUUAAAAAUUGAACAAGGAGAAACUGCAGAUGGUUCACUACAGGCACGAGCUGAUCAUAUACAGAAAGACCUUGAGGAGCUUAUAAAAAUUCUAAAUGAAAGAUCCAAACAAUAUGGAUUGUGUGCUAAACCAACUACAUUGGUGGAGCUUCCUUUUGGUUGGCAAGCUGGCAUACAGGAAGGGUCUGCUGAUUGGAAUGAAGACUGGGACAAAUUUGAAGAAGAUGGAUUUUCUAUUAUAAAGGAGCUUACAAUAGAAGUGGAAAAGGCUAUCCCCACUGAAAAGCCCAAGCCCCAAGAAGUUCAAAAUGAAAAACAUGAAACAGAGGAGGGGUUGCAAGCAGCAACUUUGAAUGGUGAGGACAAGACUGUGGCAACAUUUUCAGAUGGUGAGGACAAGACUGUGGCAACAUUUUCAGAUGCUGAGGAAGAGACUGUGAAGCCAUCAAAUUCUACCAUUGUCAAGCCGAUUACUGAAAAUGGAUCAACUAAUCUUGAUAGAUCUGAUAACACUAAUAACAGUCAUGCAGAUCCGGGAUCAAGUGCUAUGGAAAAUUCUAAGGACCUUCACCCAUUACAUGCGAGACAUGAUGAUUCUUCCCAUGCAGAUGAGAAUAGCAGUGAUCAUGAGAAUGCUGAGUCUUAUAAUUUGGAUGACAAGCAUGCUGUUGAGCCUUCAUGGGGUCCUACUUUUGAUCGUAGUGAUGAUAUUGAUUCUGUCUGGAGCUACAAUUCAAAGGAGGCCGAUCAUCAGGUGCAAAGAAAACAUUCCUUUGGAUCCGAUGACUUUGGUUUAUUUCCUCCAAUCAAGACAGAUUCUCCUAGUGCUGCAAGUGUUAAGGGACCGUUCUUUGAUUCUGUUCCAAGCACACCACUAUACGGCUCUGGUUAUUCUCCGAAGUUUUCAGAGGCACCAGAUGACCACUCUUUCAAUAGCCUCUCCCAACAUGAUUUCUUCAACACGCAUGAUACCAGUUCUUUUGGUCAGCGUGAUAGCCUUGCAAGGUUUGAUUCAUUUCGUAGUACAACUGACUACAGCAGGGGUGAAAGCUUUGCAGCAUCUGAUUCCAUGAGCAGCAUAUUUGACCACAGAAGGGGAGAAAGCUUCGCUAGGUUUGACUCCAUGCGCAGCACAGCAGACUACACCGGGGGCUUUUCCAGUUUCGAUGGCGUUGACUUGUUUGGCUCAGGACCUUUCAAAUCCUCAGACAACCACAGCCCGAAAAAGGGCACUACUAAUUGGGAUGCAUUUUAGCAUAAUUACUGCAGUAGCAUUGCGGAUCUGUUGUCUUCUGUUUUUACAUCACGAGAGAAGAUUUUUUUUUCCUUUUUCUGUACGAUAAAUACACCUCUCCCUCUCCCUCUCCCUCUUCCUCUUCCUCUCCCUCUCUUCCUUGUGUAUUCAUCAUUAUUUGUCAUUCGGGUGCUUGGGAAAUUGUGGCUCCAAACAUUUGGCUCUUGAUGUCCUUGUGUGCAUGGUUUGUUCAUACGCAUGGUUUGCUCUUAUGAACCAAUAAUAAGGCUCGCAAGCCUAAUGCAUUUUGAUUCUAUGUGACUUGGCAUAUCAGGGACAAUUGUGUAUUCAUCAUUUUGUCACAGCACAUCCACCUGUGUUGUUCAUUUCAUUGUUCAGAAAACUUCCAUUUUACAAUA